AUGGAUACAAUACACUUCCCUCUCCGCCGCUGCCUCUAUCUAUAUAGGCUCUCGCUUCGCCCAGUAGCCCCGCCGCCCACCCCUCGCUACCCCCCAACACCCCUCCACACCAUCGUUCACGAUGUACAUUACCCACAAUACCCGCUCAACCGACAGCGCCCCAGCGCAGCCGUCGACGAUCGGCUGGGCGCGCAGAGGCCUCGACUACUCGCGGACCCUCGUCCGCCGCCAGUUCGCCCCCCAGGGCCCCGCGCUCCUCGUCGUAAUCGGCUCUGGCCUCGCCCUCGUGGUCAUCGCCGUCGCCAUCGUCCUCGCCGUGCGCAGGUCGCGCGCGACGUGCUGCGGCUGCCGGCGCGCGCGCGCGGCCCAGACGGCGGAGGGUCCCGCGCGCUGCACGCGCAGGAGGUCGCGCUCGCGCACCGCGGACUUGGUGGCGACCGCUUCGCCAGGUGCGGGCCGCGCGGAUACCAAGGGGCCCCAAGUCCGCCAGGUGCGCGUGCGUGCCUCGUUCCCGUUCCCGUUCCCUUUCCCGUUCCCGUUCCUGCUACGCGCCCGCUGCGGGACGCUCACCCCGCCGUUUCACAGACGGCUUCUACGGAGGUCGCGGUCUCUUUUCCCCAUCCCGGGAGCCCUCUCGAAGAGGAAGAAAAGUCCGAGGAGAUCCCGUCCGCGUGCGACGACUCUCCCGCGUGGAAAUCGAAGGAGAAAGACUGUACGGUGAGCAGAGCUGGCUGCCGGGAUCAUCCCACUGCGUGCUCAUCGCGUCGACCCACAGGACCCGGCGUAACAGAAACACGGAGUCGACAACCUUGA